CAAAGUAUACUUACAGUCAGGUUCGCAGAGCAGAGCGAUUCAAGCGACCGGGGGUUAAAUCGUGGAAAACAAUAAAACUAAACGAUCGCCUAUGAAGAAUCAAAUCAACCAACAGACGGACGGACAUACAGUCAUAGAGACAAUAGCACCGUAGACAAGCGGGCGGCGGUCGAAUGCGUUCAGUGAAACAGAACACUUUUUCCGAGUUACGUCGAGGACGACGCAGUUUUGAAUUCAAAAUUUCAAUUUAAAUGCGAAGCGUUGAUGAAGCGGUUAAGACGUCCUACGGAAUUAUUGUGGGUGUACAAUUACACGCGUUGAAAUAAUUGUGCUAAAUUGAAAGCCGCAGUGAACUAGAAAAGUGUAUCCUUUGUGUGGCGCUUUUGGAACUAAAGGUCUGUAAGUCAAAAGUGACAGGCUAUAGAAAAUACAAAUUCUAAUUGAGAAAAAAAAACAAAAAACGCAAAUCAAGCGAACGCAAUGCAACUCGCUUAUCAGUCGCCACAUCACACUUAACGGUUUAUAAAGUGCAUGUGUCACAAAGUAAAACUAAAUAAAAACAAAAUAUCGAUUUAUGUUUUCGAGUAAACUUUCAUAGAAAGAAGUGAAUAGCAAAACAAAAAUAAUUUGCGUAAAACGCGCAAACCAGUGUUGCCGCAGUCCACUCGUCACAACUAGCGCAUCUAAAGUUCAUCACACACACACAUAGACAGACACCCUCACCAAACCAAUGUCUUCCUCUGAGGCUGAAGUCGACAUCAGCGUUGUGUCCAGUCCCGAGCCCAGUCCGGCCGGCUGUGCAAAUGGCUGCGACACACCUUUGCGCUCCGCAUCGCCGGCCCCCUCCAAUGGCAGCACCCCAACCACCACAUCAACGCCAACCACAGCCGCCGGCACACCCACAUCUAGCUCGCACUUCCACAGCCCGACCACCACAGCGCUGGCCGCUGUACCGCCGACGGUGUUGCACCAUCACCUGCAACAUCACUUAAGCAGUUUGAGCGGUCAUCCGGUAGCGCUGCAUCACGCCCUCCACAGUUUCGGUCAUCAUUUGCAUCCAGCACAUCCCGCCUACCCAGCGCACCAGCAAUUGCUACAGCAUGCCGCCGUCGUAACACCGACGGCUGGCCAAUUGGUUAUGGCAUCGGCGGCGGCAGUGGCCGCAGCGGAUCGUCUUAGUCCGCCGGCAAUGGCUGCUUUGGCGCCACAUUCGCCCGAACGUAAUGGUGGCGAUGAAGUGACCUCGCUGACGGGCAGCAAUAGCAAUAACAAUAAUAAUAAUAAUAGCAAACUAUUCAAUCACAACAAUAAUAAUAAUAACAACAAUAGUGAUAGUAAUGGCAGCAGUCAGAGUAUGGCGUUGGGGCGGGGCGAGGCGAGCAACGGUUGUGGCGCGUCAGCCGGAAAUGGCAAAGCGACAACUGGCAAUGGUUUUACAAGUUUCUCUAUAUCGAGUAUACUCAGUCGCAAUGAACCGGCGAAAAAGAAUGGCGGCAGCCAUAAUGGGCCAACGUUAAUAACGCCGAUACCACAGCUGCCACAACCGGGCGCUGGCGGUCCACAGGAUGCGGCAAUGCUUUCGAGAUUGGGUUUCAUAUCACAAUGGGGCGCUUUAGCUGGUCGUUAUGCAGCACUGUGUCCUCCAGGUUGGCCAUGGGCGCCGCAACGUAUGCCUUUUCAUAGUCCCACACAUGACAGUUCCUCCACCAAUACAACGGAGAAUCCCUCCUCGCCCACAUCGCUCAGCCCUAAUCAUAUCGGGAACAACAAUGGCAGCCACAAUCACGGUAGCGGCGCCAACAAUGGCAAUAACAAUGGCACCAAAUCGCCUUCGCCGCAUGGCUACAGCCACAGUCAACAACAGCAUCCACAUCUGAAUCAUCCGCAUCAGCCUACAACGCCCACCAGCAGUAGCGGCGGCAGUGCCGGACAUCCGCAUCUCAGCCAUCACAGUUCGCAUUCGAAUUCGAGUUACUUGCUGCCCACCAGUUCCAACGAGUCGGACGACGAUGGCGAGGAGAUCAUCGAAGAGGAUGAUGGCAACGAUGGUCCUUCGGAUGGCUCCUCGCCGCAGGGUGGCGAUUCGAAUCAAACGAAACGCAAGAAAAAGACACGCACAGUCUUCUCGCGCGCACAAGUCUUUCAGUUGGAGUCCACAUUCGAUAUGAAACGCUACCUCAGCUCGUCGGAGCGCGCUGGCUUGGCCGCCUCGCUGCGUCUAACCGAAACUCAAGUGAAAAUUUGGUUUCAAAAUCGCCGCAAUAAAUGGAAACGCCAAUUGGCGGCUGAACUGGAAGCAGCCAAUAUGGCGAAUAUGGCGCAUGCUGCCCAACGCUUAGUGCGCGUACCAGUGCUCUAUCACGAUGGUUCGGGAACGGGAUUUGUGCCGCCACCACCACCACAUCAUCACGCAAUGCAGUACUAUGCGGCAGCAGCAGCACGCAACACCAGCCCACCACGACCGCCACUCUCGUCGCUGGUAUAGGGCGUGGGGUGCCUGGCGGCUGCGGUGGGAUCCAACUGCGGUGCUCCCAUUUCGCUGCUGAAGCCGCCAUAUAUCAACCAUGCGCCAACAACGCCAACGCCAACGUCGCCAUCAACGCACGAUAUGGACGAUUCGGAAGGGGAAGAGGAAGCCGCUAUCGAUGUGGAGGCAGAUGAGGAUGAAGAAGAAUUGCCUGAAAUGAAAGCGACGCUAGCAAAUGGUAAUGGGGUGGUGGUGGCGACUGCUGGAGCUGGCGAUGGUGAUGGCCUACGAAAACCAACACCGUUCGAGCUGUUGGCGAAAAGUGUUAAUUGCCUGGAGAUGCACAGUAGCGCCAAUGGCAAAAAGCUGAGUGCACACCACAAAGUUGGUGGUGGUGGUGGUAGCGCGGAGGGUGCGGAAAAGCUCGCAACAGCGCACAAGGCAUACUAAAUGGAAAAUGGAUUCGGAGCAGUGUGCCAGCCAAGCGGCAGCGAGGCUCUACCAUCAAAUGUGUUGUAAAUUUUUAUCGACUUCAUAGUGCCACAAAGUGAAAAAUUGUAACGGAAGUGUAGAAAAGAAAUUGAAAACUGGUUUCACAGACAAAGAAUUCCGCUUGUUUCAGAAUUAAAAUAGGGUAUAAGUAUUUAAGAAAUGUAAAUAGCGUGGAAAGGAAAAGUGUGACCAAAUUUGUAUAUACAUAUAUAUAUAACUCCCGGCGUUCUGUGUAAAAUAUUUCUGCGUGCUAUACAUACAUACUUAGCAAUCAAUGUUCAAAAGUGUAGGUUUCCGAUUUGCAAAAAAUUUUAUGAAAAUCAAAAAAUAAUAAACAUUAUAAAUUCUGUAAAAUAUGAUAGAAACAAAAAUUUUUGCUCUCAAUUUCUCUACUUACUGCAUGCACGUUAGGGUGGUAAAAAACAAAAGUAAAGUCGGAAUUUUAAUGAUCUAACCCC